AUGGUGCAGAGCUUAGUCCUGAAGGCCUGGAGGAGUGAGCGGCUGCCAGAUGUGAAGGUGCGGGUGGAGGAUCCUGGCAGCGCUGUUCUUGAAAGUGCUGGAGCUCCUGGAUGCUCCUGCCAGAGAUCUCUUCAGACCUCUACCUUCUCUGUUAUGGGUCCCACGGCAGAGGAGGGUCCCACAGCGCAGCUCACACAUAUGGCCCACCGGCGAGAGAAACGCUGCUCAUGUGAGAAUCAGAAAGACAAGGAGUGUAUUUUCUUCUGCCACAUUGGCAUCGUCUGGGUCAACACCCCGAGCCAUGUGGUUCCUUAUGGAUUUGGCUCAGUGCGACUCAGGAGAGAACUCAGUCGCUGCCUCUGCGCAAACAGACAGGACGCCGAGUGUAUGAACUUCUGCUCCAUCCGGACACAAACAGAAGAAGAAAACGCAUUGGUGAAGAGGAAGACUGACAAGAAGAGAUUCAAAGCUGCGUUCUGGGAAAAGCGGAGCCGACAUGCACUCAAACAUCAGACCUGA